AUGUCAACAGAGAAUCAAACCGAAGUCGAAGGCAUCGAAAAAGAGAUGGCCGGUGUUAAUCUAGGAGGUCCUACUAAUGGGCAAACAUCUUUAGCUUCAACUGAGGGUAAAGGACCAAGUCCUCUUAAGCCACCAUUCCUCAACCCGCUCGAGUCUUCGAAGCCUCCUCCUUCGCCAGAACUCACAGAAGAACAACAGAAAAAAUACGAUGCGCUGUUAGAAACUGUCAAGUCAUGGACAGAAAUUCCGGCUAAAGAUUCAAAAGGAGGGCCUAUCACAGAUAGUGAAAAGUUAUGGUUAACAAGAGAAUGUUUAUGCCGGUACUUGCGAGCAACAAAAUGGUCCGCUACGGAAGCACCAAAACGACUAUUAGGAACUCUGACUUGGAGGCGGGAGUACGGUGUGAGCGAUCUUAGUGGCGAUGACCUCUCCAUCGAGAACGAAACCGGCAAGCAGUUCAUCUUGGGUUAUGAUAACGAAGGGCGUCCAUGUCAUUACUUGAAUCCUGGAAGACAAAAUACGGAACCAAAUCCCAAGCAAGUACAACAUUUGGUAUUCAUGCUUGAGCGAUGUAUCGACUUGAUGAUUCCAGGCCAAUCCACGCUCGCAUUGUUGAUCAACUUCAAGUCCAGUAAGAGUAGAUCGAACACAGCGCCUGGCAUUGGGCAAGCUAGAGAAGUCUUGAACAUUCUUCAAACUCACUAUCCUGAACGACUUGGGAGAGCUUUGAUUAUCAAUAUACCUUGGAUGGUGAACGGCUUUUUCAAACUCAUCACCCCAUUCAUUGAUCCCUUGACUAAAGCAAAGUUGAAGUUCAAUGAUGAUAUGAAACAACACGUACCUCCUCAACAACUCUGGGCUGAGUUUGAUGGAGAGCUUGCAUUCGAGUAUGAUCACGCAACCUAUUGGCCGGAGUUAAUCAAACAAUGUGAGGGGCGUCAACAGAGUGCUUUUGAGCGUUGGGUCCAGGCGGGGAAGCAAAUUGGAGAAAGUGAAGUUUAUUUGAAGGGUGCAAAUGUUCCUAGCAUCAGCGGCGGUAUUACUGAGGAAAUGCCAUCAAAUGGCCAUGCCGUUGAACCGAAGACACUCGGGACAUUGUCCGAAAUAUCAGGAGACAUCAGCGGGAAAUCCGAGAAGAAUGAUGGGGCAUGA